CGGCCGCGACCCGCCUGUGCCAUGGGGCCCUGCCGCUGCGCCCCUGCGCCCCGGGACUAGACGCGCGCGCGGGGCGCACGGGAGACGGCGCACAGCACCCCGAGGCCCCUGCGGAGCGCGGCCGGCCCGAGGCCCCGAGCUGCCCUGGACUUGGAGCGAGCGUCCUUCCACGGAACGUGUCCCCGCACCUGGGUGGACUCCGAUUCCCGCCGUCGCCUUGGUUUUGUUUGCGUUUCCCGUUCUUUUUCUUUCUUUUUUCCAACCCUCCCCGUCCUCCUCCGGCCUUGCCCAGCCUCCCGCGAAUGUUUCCGUCCUCCUGACCGAAGCCAGGGGACAGGAACUUUCCCCCGAGGGACUCCAGCCCUCGGCCUCCCGCCCCGCGGCUCGGAGCGCGCCUUGAAGGGGCAGCGGCUCUCGCUCUUUUAUUUAUUCUAUUUAUUUAUUUAUUGGGUUCUCGACGCGCCGGAGGAUGGCAGCGGAGCGCGCUCGCAAGCCCGCGGCGGCGGCGGGUGCCGGCGGCCACCCCGGGGAGCCGGGCGCGCCCGAGCCGGGGGUGCCCCUGGAGCGCUGCGCGCGGCGGCCCAGCCCGGGCUCCUGCGGGCUCUGGGCGCUGGCCCUGUGCUCGCUGGCGCUCAGCCUGCUCGCCCACCUCCGCACCGCCGAGCUGCAGGCCCGGGUGCAGCGCCUGGAAGCCGAGCGCGGCCAGCCGCGAGUGGAGACGGCUAUUUUGGGACAAGUCAACCAACUGCUGGACGAGAAAUGGAAGCUUCACUCACGGAGACGCCGGGAGGCGACGACGCCAUCUGUGGGGUGCCAGUGCCCGCCAGAAGCCCUCCGAUGGCUCUGA